GUAGAAUUCGGAAACGUCGUAAAUAUUUUGUAUCACAUACUGCUACUCACACUUCCCCAGAACAAAAUCAACCUUCAGGGUUAGCGCAAACCUACCAAAGGCUAAACAUUACAAGUGCAUCGAACGUUCUGACUGAUCUGUCAGCCUUUUUUUGUUCCCUUCCUCGAAUAUCUUAAUUCUGAAGGCAAUCUCGGCCAUCUAAUCGAAUUGAAGGAUACAAUAAGUAAUGUCUAGACGUUUUACUCCUUUCUCCAAAUUACCUUCAUCCUGUUCAAAGAUGUCUUCAGACGAUACGUUUAAAAACAAAAGUCAAAACAUUCUCCCAUAUGUGGAUGGAGUUUUUAUUGAGCCAAGAGUGAAGGAGAGCAUAGACAAAAUACAAGUUGGUUCACUGGAUCUCUCUGUAUUCAGCUGCCAGUCGAUGAACCCAGAAGCUAUCAAGCUUGCAGAGAGUUUUGAGUGUGAUUUAAAGUCUUUGGAAAGUUUUCUGAAAAGGCUUGUAAGUUCUCUUCAAGUUAACAUGACUCUGUUACUUGAAUCCAUCUCUGCUUCACUUGAAUUCGAGUCCAGUGACUUCUUUAGUGAAGUAAUUCGAGAAGUUAUUAAGAAAAUGCAAGAGUUUACUCAGUUCCUUUCUACGGAUGAAGACUGCUUUUAUUAUCCCGAACACGUAAUUGAGAAAGACGAUUGUGAUUUUAUCUUUCAUUUCACAUUCAUUCUUCGUUAUUUAUGCUGUCCUGCAUAUCGCGGAAAAUUUCAUGGUUUAGUUGUUACGUGCAAGUCGUUACGGCUAAUGGUUCCAUUGACUAUAUUAACUCGUAUUAUUCAUGAAUCUGUUCCUCCAAACAAAUUAUUUAGUUUUCUACCUAUCUUUUGCAAAAACACAGAAAGUCACUGUAAUGGUCGAAGCAUAGCAAUGAUUUACCAAUCAUCUGACAUAGACUCAGCUGCUAGAUACUGUGUAUCAUCAUUAAAAAAUGCUCUGGGUACUGGAAUAGGCCAUUCACCCGUCAUCUUAGUCGAGGAAUCCAUAUACAAACGUUUUAUUGGUCGUAUGGAAAGCCUUAUUAAUUUAAACACAUCUGCAGAAGAAUUGGAAAGUUACGAAAAGUCAGAAUAUCCACCAUUCUGUACUGAUUAUAUUAAUGAAGUAAUAUCUUAUACAGACUCUGUCGGUGCGAAAAUUCUUCGUUAUAAUCAGAAAAUACCACAUUCUCCAAUAAUUGUUUAUGACAUUACUCCAUCGUCUGUCAAAGUUAAUAGAAGGAGCGGUCCAGUCGCAUUUGUUCUGUGCUUCCGUACUGUUAAAGAAAGUGUGUCUUUACUAACAUAUUUUAUCGAUCAUCUCAAUAAUCAUAAACGUAAUAGAGUUAAUCCGACGAGCUAUGAAUGUGCGAUCAAUAUAUGGCAAACAGAUUCAAAUAUCAUAUGGCAACUUUUCCAGAUGUUAUUACUGUCAGGUGUGGACAACGUUUUUGUAAAUGCUUCUAGUCGCCAACUGGCUGCGACAAUGUACACAAGACUUUUUGAAGUAAAUGGAUCAUCAUGUUUUCCGAGUGAGGUGUCAAAAACGAAUAACAAUGGAACACUAUAUAAGACAUUAAGUACAGUCAUCUCUACUGCUCGUGCUGCUCAAGUCAGUUCAAUGGCCAAAGGUUAUGAAUUAAUCCAAAGUGAGGUGUCUAAAGAUGAAACAUUAGCUGGUGUUCUACCUAAAGAAGAUGUAUUCAAAUACUUCAUGCGUUACACUAGCAAGUUUUUGGGAGGUCCAGGGAAACUUUUCCUUAAUGGAAAACGACAAGAUACACUCCUUAUUCCAGUCGCUCAUCUUUGCAUAAAACCAACUGGGCCAAUCGUGCUCGUAAUAGACUGUAAGCUACUGUCUGAACCUAAAAAUUGUACUUUCGUUUUGAGACUAGUAUUUUUUAUUUUAUUCGCAGGUAAUGCUGUUGUGUUACUUCUGACAAAUAAUGACUUAAUAGAUGAAAAAAACAACUUUUUAGAUAACGUCAAAACAAUUCAAAAGCGGUUAAGUGUUACUUCUUUGAUAUCCGUUCAUGUAUGUACUUGUCCUAUAACAGAACUCAAUAGUAUCUUAUCUAAUUUGUGUGAACCUUUAACAGUUUUAAAUAUGGAUUGUGUUGAUGUUUUUACUAAAGACCUACCUAAUCAUAUUUCUAAUUUAUUUUGCUUAUCUAAGCCUGUAACUUUGUAUUGGUCCACAGGUUGUAAUGUUUUUUCUUAAUUUAUAUAUACUAAUAUAUUUGUUUUUAUGAAGU